AUGACUGUUCACAAAGGUUUGCUUGACCGACGGAGCGCACCGUCACCGUCUUUCUCUCUGUUCCGAUACUCAGCAGUGAGCCGCGCGAUUCCCCACCAUCACCACCAUCAGCCAUCCUCAAAAGUGCCCUUCCGUCCCCGUAACGGAAUGGCAUCCCGUAGACUCAGUUGGCCUAUUCCUAAACCGAGAGGAAGGGGUGCGGUCCGGUGCCGAGCGGGAAGAAGUCCAUCCAUUGCCUGUCCGCAAAGGUUGUCAUUUAGCCGCGUUGACCUGCCAAGCAACCCCAACCCAUCGUCUUUUUUCCAAAAUGGAGCCGCCAUCGUGAAGUUUUUUUUUUCUCCAGUCUGUUCGAUUGCGUGCGAAUGUCAUUCCUGGCUAGGAAAACGUGCUUCUAGACUUGGCCUAGGAUCGUGGAUGGAAACGAACCGCAAGCCACAAUUCCCACUCGAGGGAAACAAAAACGGAGAAAACGGGGACGGGAAGCAGGGGUAG